AUGGCGCAUUUGCGUAAGGGAAUCCAUGGAAAUAAAGUGAGGGAAAGACUGCAGAUUACCAACAUUAUCUGUAACUACUCUCUCAUCCCCAGUAACUACGUGUUGAAGAUGGCAGACAACAUUGAUGACGGUAUCGGUGUCCCUGACUGGCGACUGAGCCUGUGUCUCCUCUUCUCCUGGGCAGUGUUGUUCUUCACGUUGGCCAAGGGAGUCCAGUCCUCAGGAAAGGUGGCGUACUUCACGGCAUUGUUUCCCUACGUGGUGCUCUUCACGCUGCUGGGGCGAGGAGUGACCCUGCCGGGGGCCGAGGAUGGUAUCCUCUACUUCAUUAUUCCUCAAUGGGAAAAACUUCUCGACCCGAACAAAUGGUCUUGUUUGUUUAGGGAUGCGUGGAUCAUUAGUUUGGCAGACACCUUGACCUCACUGCUGGCUGGCUUCACCAUCUUCGCCAUCCUGGGCAACUUGGCCCACGAGCUGGACACAGAUGUGAAGAACGUUGUGAGGGGCGGCUCUGGCCUCGCCUUCAUCUCCUACCCUGACGCUCUCGCUAAGUUCACUUGGACACCACAGCUGUUUGCGGUGUUGUUCUUCCUGAUGCUGUUCACGCUGGGUGUGGGGUCUGCUGCAGGACUCACUGGUAACAUUAUCACCAUCAUCUGUGACCAGUUCCCAGCCAUCCCGAAAAUCUAUGUUACCAUCGUCAUCUGCAUCAGUGGUUUUCUCCUCGGACUCAUUUAUGUUACACCUGGAGGUCAAUGGAUCCUCGACUUGGUGGAUUUCUUCGGCGGAGGAUUUAUUAUCUAUGUUCUAAUCAUCGUGGAGACAGUCGCCAUCAACCAUAUCUACAGUUACUCAAGUUUUCUGCGAGACUUGAAGUUCAUGAUGGGUGUCAACUUGGGCAUCUACUGGAAGUUCUGCUGGAUUUUCUUCAUCCCUGUGAGCCUCUCUGCCAUCCUAGUCUACAGCCUCGUAGACUUCAACCUUCCAACUUUUGCAAGCAAGGCCUAUCCACAGGUAGCUUAUACAUGUGGAUGGAUCCUAGCCGCAGUAGCGCUUGGUAUGGUACCUGUAUGUUUCAUCCAUGCACUAUACAUCAAUGAUAAAUCCUCUUUAAGUAAUAAACUGAUGUCGGUAUUCAGACCCAAAGACACAUGGGGACCUAAGAGAAGAGAGGACAGAGAGAAGUGGGAGAAGCUAAAAGUAAGACAUGGAGAGGCACAAGGAACUGCUUAGAAAGAAUAAGCUUUAAUAUCAGUUGCAUUUUCUGAAGGUGUUUUGUGCUUGAGAGCUUGUGUUACAGUAGAGCAAGAAUGCAAGCAAAGAAAUAAUUUACAGGAAACAAUUGUCACAAACAUACAUGUAUUCAUAAUUUUCUUUCUUUUAAAGAAUUCAGUUAAUAGAGCUAUAAGCAUAGCAUUAAUGCUGCAUUUAAUCAUUUGAAUUGUGAUGUCUGGGUGCUUCAGAAGAGACUGAUAGGGAAUGAGCGGUGGUCAAAGUGAUUUGCCUCUGCGGGUAACCCUACCUUGGUAGGAAAUGAACAGUGUGUUAAAUGAAGAUAAACACUAUUAGCAGAAAAUAAAUAUUGUUUCAGGUAAACCUCACUAAUACAUCGAGUUAGUUUCCAGACCGCAAACAAAAUGAAUAUUGCCUUGAAGCAAAUCACAGCCUUUUUUUCACUUGCCUUUUUUCACAGUCUUUUUUUUUUCUCUCUCUCUCUUCCCAGGGCAUAUAAAAGCCUAAAAACAUGUUUACAUUAUCAUUUAUUAAGUGUGCAAUAGCACUGGGGCUAAAAAAAAACAUGUAAAAGUUUAAAUUGCCAACAACCAUCUUAAGAGUAAGGCAAACGCUGAAAAUAAUAAAUAUAGUGGUCCCUCGUUUAUCGUUAAUCCGCUCCUGGAAGUACGAGAAUUAUCGAAACAAGACUAUUUUCAAAUCAAUUUUCCCCAUAAGAAAUAAUGUAAAUACAAUUAAUCCAUUCCUGACACCCAGAAGUAUUAAAUUAUUAUUAUAAUCAAAUCAGAAGUAUUAAAACAAAAAUUUUUUUUACAUGAAAUAUAGAUGUAGUACAUAAACAAUACAAUGGGACAUGAUGAAUGAAACAUUAACAGCAUAACACUUACCUUUAUUGGCGAUUUUUCUUAGUGUAUGGAAGACUGGAGGGGAGAGAUUGGAUUAGUUACUGUUUGGAAGGGAAAUCCCCUUCUAUCAACACCUCAGGUACCAAGUCCUUUUCUGGGGUUCCAUAUUUCUCUUCUCCGUUUCUUAAUGCCACUAGGACCAGCUUGAGAGUCACUGGAGUCCUGUCUCGCAAAAAAAGUGUCCAGAGAGCUCUGUUUCUGGCGUCUCAUUAAAACUUCCCUAAAAUGGGCCAGACUCUGUCACUGUACAAGUUGCUGAUAUGGCUUUCUACAUCCUUCUCAGGGUGAUGCUUCUCCAUAAAUCUUUCCAUCCUACCCCACAUUUCAAAAAUCUCCUUAAUUUCUGAAGGCACCUUCUUCCAUCUCUCUUCCUCCUCCUCUGCAGAAAGAUUCUGAGCUGCGAUCUGUUGCUGUUCCUGCUGAAGCUCUUACAGCUCCUCAGUGGUUAGCUCUUUGUUGCAGUCCUCCAAACUCACAUCCAACCCCAUGGAACUCCCCAAUGCUACAACAGAUUUCACAACAUAGGCUCAUCAGGGUCAGCCACAAACCCUUCAAAAUCCCUCUUGUGGACGCAAUCUGGCCACAAUUUUCUCCAAGGAACAACAGCUUCCUUGAUUUCCUUUUUUCUUUGCCAUGAUGGAAGAUAUGGUUGUAUGGGGUUUGUUAUACAUCCUGGCCAGUACGGCCACAUGUAUGCCACUUUCAUAUUGUUCAAUGAUGUUUUUCUUAAAUUCAAUCGUAUUUCUCACCUUCUUUACCAAAGGCUUGGCACUAGGAGCUUUCUUUGGAGCCAUGGUAGCUUAUUUAGCACUUGCAAGCACUAAAAUGAAUGGAAUAUUAUGAAAUAUUUCAUAUGAACAAGUGAGGGGACCGUCGCUCAUUGGUAAACAAUGGCACACUGGCUGGGAAGGGAGGCUGAGGCGGCUCAGAGCCGUGAGUACGGGUCCAGGACGAACGACGAUUAGCGAGUCAACCGACCAUUUGUGAGCCAAUUUUUGGAUGAAAAUAACGCGACGAUUUCCGAAAUGGACUACUAUCGAGCCCAACUAUUAUCGAGGGACCACUGUACGAAUAUACAGUAGGAUCCCCGUAUCCAUGGGGGAUAUCCAUUCAAAGGACCUGCCAUGGAUACCGAAACUGUGGAUAGUAGCAAACCCUAUAUACCUAUUAUAAAGUUUAAUUGAUAAACUUCUCCAUGGGGAAGUGGAACAAAAUUCUUCCUCUGUAAGCCAUGCGUGUUGUAAGAGGUGACUAAAAUGCCAGGAGCAAGGGGCUGGUGACCCCUUCUCCUAUAUACAUUAUAAAAUUUAAAAAGAAAAAACUUUAGUUUUUCUUUUUAGGUCACCCUGCCUUGGUGGGAUAUGGCUAGUUCGUUAUAAAAAAAAAAUUGAUGGGAAGCACUUCACAGCUUCUCUUAGGCUUUGAAGAACUGCCAGCUUCUCUACUUUCGUGCUUUGGGGUCAUUAUUAAGCAAGAUUAAGAGGUAUUUUUGAGCCACAGUAAACCGUGUAUAACUGAAACCCCGGAUACAAAAUCAGUGGAUACGGGGGUUCUACUGUAAUUGAAAAGCACCAUAUUAACAAAGCACUAUAAAGCAAGAGCUGUAUUAAUAAGGGAUAGAUGUACUCUUAUAAAUGAAUCACCAAGAAGCAUACAGUAAGGUGCAUUUACAGGGAUAGGCUCAUCUUCCUGGCAAGCAGAAACAAGAAUUCAAGUCUUCAUGCAUAGCAGAUACGAAGGCAGUUCAAAAGUUACCCUCUACAGCCUUCGUCUCUCUCUGGCACAAGAAACCCCAGCCAAGCUGCUCCAUGAUAUAUAAGUUGCUCAUACUUCCCUACUCAGAACAGAUGACUGCCCAUGAGGGACAAAGGGGGUGAAAUUUCUGAGUAGCUGGCUGCAUAUUAGUGACCAACAGGUAUCUACUACUACUGACAGUGGCUCUACCUAAUCUAACAUGCAGUGCCACCAGCACCUGCUAGUGGGAAUUCACUAAAGGACAGGUAAGCAGCAACAGUUUUUUGCCCCUCACAAGUCAUUUCACUUACAAGAGAACUUGUGGUUUCAUCCUUCGUCUGAUAAAUCCAAGCAGGUCAUUUAGUACAAGGACUGGCAGUGGCUCAAUUCUCCAUCUAAUUCAUGAGACAGACACAUUAUAUCACUUGACUAUACCAUUAGAAUGUAUACUGUUGUCUAAUAUGCUCGAUUAGUAUUUUAUUUUCAAGAUAACCAAGUAGCAUAUAGUGACACUUCGACAGCACUGUAUUACAUUAUUAAGAAUGAAAAUGUGCACAUAAAUGCCAGUGAAUAAUUAUGUGACAAAGUAUCGAAUUGUUUUUUGUGCAUAGUACUGACAAAAUCUGAAAUAAAUGUACUUUUAUU